AUGGCCUCCAAGUCUUUCUUCGUCUUGAAGACAAAGGCCAUUCCGAGUCGCUACCAGCUGUCCCGAAAUAUCCAGACUCUGCUCGAGGGCCUCGACAGUUACCAUGUCGGAAGCCUCGACGUUGAAGAGCUCGGAAGACUAGUUCGUCUAAGCCCUCGGCGGAGGGCCGCCGUUGCGAAUACCAUCACCAAAUGUGCCAACAUCCUCAAAAAGGACCCCGCAGAGGUCAAGACUUGCGUUGACAUUAUCGAGAUGUGCACGGAGAUUCUGGACAUUGCAGACAGGCAAAGCUGUACCCAAGGCUUUCCUUUCAUGAAAAUGCCAAUAGAAAUUCGGGCAAGAACGUUGGAGCUCAUAAUCGACAACACAUUCCGAACGUCAAUAGUAGUGCCGGCUGGGAAAACGCCAGGUUGCAGGUGUCCAAGGUUCGAAAGGGACAACGUCUUCCAGACUUCCCAGAUGAAGGCGCUGCCGAUACUGCUAGGUACAGCUCUAGAUGAAGAGUUCUACCGGAUUUUCUUUCGUAAGAAAAAGUUCCGAUUUCGCUGCACUUGUGAGCUUCUUGCACAUAUAAAUCAUAAUUCGCACUUCGCAGAUCACGUCCGCCACAUCGCAGUCCACUGGUGUGGCCCAGAAUCAGCAAAUACCUUCAAAUUACUCCCACAGUUGAUUAACCUACAGUCUCUGACACUCAAUAUUUCCAAGUCGACGCUGGUGCACUUGAAUGAACGUGCCACCUUGAUGCGAUCAUAUUUCCCACUGGCCUAUCGAAAUAUUAGGAUGGCGGACGUCUUGGGCCUGGAUGAGCUGUUGCUCGUGCGUGGUCUCCAAGAUGUCCAUGUCUUCAACGUCCAACCAAAGAGCAGCUCACAUGGCGUUGAGAUGGAUCGCGUGUGCCUUUGGGAAUUGCUGACAAGUCAGCUUACACAACCACGAGAAUCGCAGGACUCGACAGCUGCCCUGAGCCUUUAG